UGAGGCCGCAGUAAUGAGAUACUCGAAUCAGUUUUUCUCAGCUGUGACCUCUUCUCGCCCGUUAUCGGAUCCAGGUAACGUCUUCCCGUUGGUUCGCAGACGACGACUCUCCAUGUGCUCUUAAAAAUAUCCAGGUUUCUACUGAAGAAGCAAUGCACCACGGCGAACACCGAUCCAGAAGAGAUGACCACGCAGUGACCAAAAAAUGUUUCCGCAUUGACAUCGUCUAUUUCGUAGAUCGUUCUCUUCCCGUUUUACCUCGUUAACGAUCCUGGCGGUCCCCGAGAUGGAGAACCAGAAAAAUCGACAGCAGGAUCCGAAAGACGAGGCCAGCGAGGAGGAUUGGACGCCUGGUAAAACGACGAGUACAGAAGGACGAUUUUGCCCGCAUGUAUCGUGGGUAAGCAGGCUUCCAAAUGUGGAGCGUGUUUUGGACACUACUGGGGUCAGUACGGAGUGCAGUGCCUGCAAGGAGUGCAAGGAUACCGUCAACAACGAAAUCGAGGACGAAGAGUUUGCAGCGGAAACACCAUCUUUAUGGAUUUGCUUGACCUGUGGAAACCAAGCUUGCGGAAGAGAGGGGAGACAACACGCGCUGCAACAUUAUAAAAUACAUGAUCAUUGUGUCGCUGCUAAUAUUAACUCAUCGAAUCUCUGGUGUUAUCGAUGCGAUAUAGAGCCUAAAAAGGCAGACGUUUCUAGAGUAAUCAGGUUCUUAUCAAAAUACUCAACCAUUGAGAAGCAACCACGGAUAUAUGUACAACCAGUUAGGAUAUCUGCACCAAUGUGCCAAAAACAAACUGUAGUGAAUUCAAAUAACGAGACAAAGAAUGCUCUUGGUCAUUUUCCAAAAGUAGGGGGUUUAGCGAAUUUAGGUAAUACGUGCUUUUUCAAUGCGGUACUGCAGUGCCUAGCACAAACUCCAUUUCUGACUAAAGUUCUGGAUGACCUUCGAAAGCCUGGCCAAAGAUUUGUACUGCCUGGUGGAAAAUACAAGGGGAACGGAGAUUCAGAAGAAAUUGAAUUGCCACCAAUCUCAGGAACCUUGGAAAAGUGGGGGAACUUCACAUCAAUUUUGCAUAAAACACUGACAGAGAUGCAAAACUCGACAGGCAACCAGACCUAUGUACCGAGUGAGCUUUUGAAUGCCUUCAAAACGAGAACUAUGCAAUGCAUGGAUGGAGGUCAGCACGAUUCUCACGAACUUCUUCGACAUUUGUUAGAGUUAGUUCGAAAUGAAGAUCUCAGGAGGUAUCAGAGUGUUAUUUUGAAGGAAGUUGGUCUUAGUGGAAAAACAAGACCAGAAUGCGUUGAUGGUAGCAUGAAAUCUCGCGUAAAGUUCUAUGGCAACCAAGCCAGUGCUCGGCUAUUGGGACCAGAGCUGGUGUUUAGUGGUGUUUUAGUGUCGACACUGGAAUGCUUAGAGUGUCAUCAUACGUCCCAGCGUACCGAGCCUUUCCUGGACCUUAGCUUGCCUGUCAUGGCUGACAAACCACAGCCUCCGAUACUGAAGAGAAAGAAGAGUGGUUUCGAAGAAAGCCUCGACAUAUUGGGGAACAACAUCUCUAACGUGCCGUCGAAGCAUCAGCUGAAAAAGGAGAGGAAAGCCGCGAGGAAGAAAAUUCGGAAAAUUCGAAGACAGCAUGCCGCCAACAUCAACAACGACUCUUUAUCCAAUUUAGAUUCCACAGAAGAGAGCGAUGCCGAUGCAGAGGACAGCGCGGACCUGGGGACGUCCAGACCGGAGAUCGGCGAGUCGGGAUACGUUUCGGAGAAGGCCUCGGCGGUGACGAGCCCCGUGUCGCCGGUGGGGUCUCCGUACAUAAGGGCGAUAGAGCUCUUCCACGAGACCAUGCCGGCAAAGGCCGAGAGCAGCUUGAACAACGUGAACAGCCCCAGUCCCACGGACGUCUCCAUGGGGGAUAUCCUGACGAGGUCCACCUGGGUGUCGCCCAGCCCGGAAAGACUCGGCUCCGCGACGAGCGACGACCUGACUCCUUCGGAGAAGGAGAAGGGCGUCCUGCCGGUAUGGCUUCUCUCCGUCGUGACGACCAACAAUUCCGACGCCACCACGCCCGAGGAGCCCGUGUUCAGUCCCAGCGACAGUUCCAACGUCUCCAAGGAGAGCCCUGGCUCCCCGGAGGCGGCAGUUCUGGAGACGCAGAAUGCGGAGAAGAUCGAUAGGCCAGUGUCCAGGCUGGACCUCGUCGAGGACGAGUCUCGCAGCGACAAGGAGGAUCCACUACCCAGGAGAUCAAAUCCUGACGCGGACACCGACGAGUUCCAGUCGGGCCAGAGCAAAGAGGAGGAAAGCUCGAUCAGCUGCUUGGCCGGCGAGAGUCAGACGAUCAACGGGGUCCACGAGGUCACCUGCAGCCUCUCGAGGAUGAGCGUCAGCAGCGAGACGCAACAGUCGCCUAGAAGAUACCUCACGAAGGAAGGGGAGUGUUCGAUCCAGUCCUGCCUGAACCAGUUCACCGCCCUGGAGCUGAUGAACGGGAGCAACAAGGUCCGCUGCGAGGCCUGCACCGCGAGGGAGAACAAGGGCAAGCAAGGUCCGACGAAGGCCGUGUGCACGCCGAGCACCAAGCAGUACCUCAUCUCGAGAGUACCGGCCGUGCUGAUCCUUCACCUGAAAAGGUUCCAGGCUCAGCAUAGAAUGGGAUUCCGGAAGGUCACCAAGACUAUCAGCUUCCCUAUGUUGCUGGACCUGGACCCGGUGUGCAAGGGCCACGGGAAUCCGAAGCUCUACGCCCUCUACGGAGUCGUCGAGCACAGCGGCACUCUUCAUGGUGGACAUUACGUCGCUUACGUGAAGGCGAGGCAGCCGUUGAAUCCUGACGAUCGCAGGUGGUCCCUGCUGCCCUCGAAGGUCCCUCAGGACACCGACGAGUCCUCUAGCGAGUCGAGUUCGGAGUCCGAGGCCAACGAGUCUUCGGAGAGGCCUCCCACCCCCGUCGAGGCGCCUCCUGGUCGAUGGUAUUACGUGUCCGAUUCAAGGGUCAUGGAGGUGAACGAGUCGACGGUCUUGCAGAGCCAAGCCUACCUUCUCUUCUACGAGAGGCUUGUGUGAAGUGCCGAGGCGGCGUUUGACGUUCCUCGCGGAAAAGUCCGCCGUUUUCUCGUCGCCACGACCACGACGAGGAUCGCUUCAUCGGACUUGACACGUCUCUUCGUCUCUCCGUGAAGGAAGAUAAGCUCGACGACUCUCUGGGCGAGAUGUGGAAUCGCCUGCGACGACGAAAGGAGGGAGGAUGGCUUUCGAUCAGAGUAAAACGAUGAGCUUUUGGGCGAGAGGAAGGGAUUCGUCGAAUGUGCAUUUUGCUCACUGGCGGGGGAUUCUUGCGGGAUUUCUCCCUCUUAUUUCCAUCUACCUUGUCGACCCAUCGAGGUCGGACGAGGAUGGUCUUAUCCGCGCGGGAGGUUGAUUGAAAAUCAACUAGGAAGGGGUCAUCGGACGAGUAAGGCGUUCGCUGGAACCGCGAACAGUGGAGAGAACCGCUCGGGGACGUGUAAAUGUGCGUGACUUUUUCUACUAUUAGGUCGUAGCCUAAGCGUAAUGUCUCCUGAAUGUUUUACCCCCUCUAUCCAAUAAAGCUGUAACGCAUUCUCUCGUAA